ACGGGGAGAGAGAGGAAAAAAAAAAGAAUAUAAUCGUACGGUCCAAUUUCGGUAAGCGUGGGCCGCGCGCCGAACGUGCGCGACAACGACGUGUGUCGAGAUCGGCUUAAACGUGAAUCGCGAUAUGAAUGAUAUAUGACGGAGCGCGUCUGAGGCUGGAAAAAAAACGGAGCAAGCUGACCGAAAAAGUACUCGCGCACUUCCCCCGUCUCCGACGAUGAUCUCGCGCCGAUUGAUAAUUCGAUUGAGAUAAACGAACGAGGAAUAUCGGGCUGUCUCGCGCGAAAAACCGAAAGACCGCAGCGGACGGAGGCAAGACGACCCGCCGACUCGAAAUCAGCAGCUCGAAGGCCGACAGGAUGAUCGGGCCAUCGUCGGGAGCAGCCGGCGAGGUUACUGAGAGCCAGUGCUGCGCCUCCUCCAAGCGAAAGAUCUUCGACGACCUGGACGUCGACGGGUCCAAGCGAAAGAUCUUCGACGAGCUGGACAUCGACAGCUUCUGCGACGAGGUUCGCCAGACAGGUCGCAAGCACUACCUUCAGGAACUGGAGACGCCGGUGGAACUGGUCGCUACGUCAAACGAGCUCAUCGCCAACGCGGCGGCUCUCUUCUCGCCGAUGUCAGCCCAGGAGGCGAUCGAGGAGUCGCAAGUGGCGCGUCUGGAAGUGCUGCUGGUCGAUGGCACCAACUGCACCUGGACGACCGUGUCGGAGCUGGAGCAACAGCAGAAUCUGGACGUUCUCGUGACCUCGUCCUCUUCUUCGUCGUCGUCCUCGUCGACGUCGUCCGGAUCCGCCGAGCGUCAUCCCGCGGAAACCUACGCCGUCGAGGAGUUUAAUUAUCAGCCGGCGGUGUCGGCAAAUUAUUGGGAACCGGUUGCCGCCCCCGUAAUCUCCGAGGUAAUCUCGCUCGCCAAUCUGAACGCGCAGCAAAGUAAGGGAACGACAGGUAAUAAUCAGCAGCAGCAACAGCAACAACAGCAACUGCAGCAGCAGCAACAGCAAUUCGAGGAUCAGGAGAACGGGAAUCUAUCGUGGCUGCUCGACUUCAAGCUGGACUCGUUCAUCGAAGCCGCGGACGACAGAUCCGCUAUGGGACUUGGCGCGGCAACGAAGAACAAUUAUUGUGGUGAGAAAGGCAACAAGAAUAAACCAAACGGAAGGUCGCAUGGCUCCAAUUACGUCAACGACGUCAGAAGGGGACAUGGCAGUCACGAAAAUUCAUCGGUGUAUCGACAGGACGCGAAUCAGGCGACUUAUCCCACCAACGGAAUUGACAGCCGGAAUUUCUCGUCUGCGCCGACCAACGGCCCGAAGAAGCCACCCUUCACCUACACGGAAUUGAUAGAGCACGCGCUGCGAGAAAGAGGCGAGCUCACCGUCUCCGCGAUUUAUCAGUGGAUCUCCGAGCAUUUUCCUUACUAUAAAAGCAACGAUGAUCGCUGGAAGAACUCCGUCCGGCACAAUCUCUCGAUAAAUCCGCACUUCAGGAAAGGAUCGAAAGCGCCUCACGGGGCAGGUCACCUUUGGGCGAUCGCGAAUCGUGGCGAUUGCAGACCCCGUCCAUUCGCAGUUAACGGCCCAACAAAUACUACACCGGCACGACAAGUAGCGCAAAAUGAGUGUGACGAGUCCCGGAGUAACAGAAUCAUUAGUGAAAUCAUGGACGAGGUGGAGGCUGCGACAGCGAGUAUCACGCAGCCGAAUUCAGAGGAGGACACCGACGGUAUGCUGAAUUCCGUGACGCUCGAGCAUUCUGCCGAGCAAAUACUGAACGGUAUAAGACGCGAGGUGGAAGUGCAGUAUUUAGUUCCCAUGAUGGUGACCAACGAUUCUGAGGCGAGUCAGCAGAACCAACAAGCGACACAAGCGGAACUUCAAUGCACGUUCAAGGAAAGUGAUUUCCUGAACCCGGUGUCCAAGGAGGUCGUCGCCGAGGAAUGCGGACUCGUGAGCGAGGGAUAUCUGGUGACGGAUCUGAAUCCGAACAGUCUCGGAUUAAACGUGGUCGAUCCCGAGAUCAUAGGAUCGGAAAAUCUCUUCGGCGAGGAGCUCAACUUCCAGUUUUACGAAUUAACGUCGCCAUCGCAACUGCAAUCCGCCUGACACACGGAGGGCAACAAACUACGUUUUAUUGUGAUCGACGAACUUCAGAUACAGAACGCGUGGCCGCAUGAUGAUCGCGACGUUGCCGAGACCGAGAGAAGCGUCUCGGAUCGGGAAAACUCGCAGAGAAAAUCACCUGUCGGCGAUCGGACCAACGUGGACUGCACGAUAACGAGAAGCUGAUCUUGUUAGAGAAAUUUUCACAACGACGAUCGCGGAAUGUUCGAUUAUUUAUUACGCGGCUGCUAGAAUAGCUAGAAGCUUAAUUGAGCCAGUUAAUUGAUAUGCUUAAUGAAUGGAUAACGAGUCAAGCGCGGUACAAAUAUGAGAAAAUCAUGUCUCUCAAACGCAACAUAGUUUGACGGUUUGAUAAUUGUUGUAAUCACCGAAGGACUUUUAGCAUGGCCCCAGAGUGAGAUAAGAAAUAAACAACGUAAUUACAUAUCGUCCAACGUGU